AUGAAGAGCGACACGCAGACGGAUGAUCGACCCAUACAUGAAUUCGCGCGCACUCUGACGGAAGAGGAGCUCGGUGCCAGCUCGGAGGAGGAGCGGAGAGGACUGCUAUCCGAUUCCACCAAGAACCUUGGAGACUAUGCGGAGCGUGCGCGUAGGAACUGCUCUGGCAAGGUCAUUAUUGCUUUCGGGGCUGCGGCGGUCGUGAUAGUCCUCGGUGCGAUCUUCGGCACGCCGCUCCUUAAUAUCUUGCGCCCCGUCACUAGGACAAAACCGCACUGGGACCACAGGACGCUCCUCAGUAAUGGCACACACGACUUUCGGAAAACGGCCCUUAUUGUCUCGAUAGAUGGGUUGCGGGCGGAUUACCUCGACCGAGGGUUGACGCCGCAUCUGCUUGCGAUCAGCAAGAAGGGGCUGCGUGCGAAGUCUAUGAAGUCUAUAUUUCCUACUCUAACGUUCCCUAAUCAUUGGGCACUAAUGACCGGGCUGUAUGCGGAGUCACACGGAAUUGUCGCAAAUAACUUCUGGGAUCCUGACACUGGUUUGGAAUUCCGCUAUAACAGCGCAGAGGCGUCGUGGAACUCCUCGUGGUGGUUUGGUGAGCCGAUAUGGGAGACUGCACAGCGCGCGGAUAUUAUUACAGCUAACCUGAUGUGGCCCGGUCCGCCUACAACUUCGUCGGGAGCUUCGCCUACUUACUUCAUUCCCUGGAGGGAUCGUGUACCACUGCAAGAGAAACUUGAUCAGAUCAUGACGUGGAUCGACUUCCCUUUGGACGAGCGACCACAGCUGAUCAUGGCGUAUGAGCCGUCCUUGGACCAGGCGGGGCACUGGAAAGGACCCAACUCACGACUCGUGAACAAAGUCCUCCAUGAAGUGGAUGUGUUUGCAAGAGACUUGCAUGCCGGUCUGGAGGCGCGUAACCUUACGGACAUCGUCGACAUCGUAUUCGUGAGCGACCACGGCAUGACGGACACCAGCAAACCCGAAUGGAUUUACCUGGACGACAUUCUCGGUGAGGGGUACAACCUGAUCGAGCAUGAGGAUGGUUGGCCAGCAGCGGGCCUGCGCUUCUCACCGAAGGCCGAUGUGCAGAAGUAUCUCGAUACUCUGCUCGCUGCAUCGCAGGAAAGUGGGGGCAAAUAUCACGUCUACACGCAUGAAACUAUGCCAGAACGAUGGCACUUUGCGCACAACGACCGCAUUGCGCCCAUAUACGUCAUACCAGAGAUGGGGUACGCGCUCACGAACCGUAUCGAAAAUGGUACUGGCAUGAGCAAGGGUAACCAUGGCUACGACAACGACGAGCCAUCGAUGCAUGCGAUGUUCGUCGCGCACGGUCCCUUCUCCUCCGUCGUCAAGGCGGUCGAGGCAUCGCGUUGCCAGUCUCGCAUCCUCCCGCGCAUUCUCUCGCGCCCGAAUAAGGGCUGGCACUCGACAUCGGACGACACGUACGUGAUGGACACGUUCGAGAACGUGAACAUCUACAACCUCAUGAUGAAGCUGCUGGGCAUCGAGCCGUACGCUGCCAGCACGAACGGUACCGAAGGCUUUUGGGAUCGGUAUUUCUAG